CAGAACCCGGAAGUAGAAACGGAAAUGCCGCACACACACACACACACAGCCGCAGGUAGUCUUCAGGCUGGACUUAGUCUCGUCACUAAUCACUCAGCUUUUCGGUCAAGAUGUUGAAGGCGGUUAUUCUUAUUGGAGGGCCCCAGAAAGGCACGCGGUUCCGGCCGCUGUCCUUCGAGGUGCCCAAACCCUUGUUCCCAGUGGCCGGGGUGCCCAUGCUGCAGCAUCACAUCGAAGCGUGUGCCAAGGUACCAAAUAUGAAGGAGAUCUUGCUCAUCGGCUUCUAUCAGCCAAAUGAAGAACUGACCAGAUUCCUGCUCAAUGCGCAGCAGGAGUUCAAGAUUUCCAUCCGGUAUCUGCAGGAGUAUGCAGCCCUGGGCACCGGGGGGGGGAUCUAUCACUUCAGAGAUCAGAUUGUUGCCGGUAGUCCGGAGGCCUUCUUUGUUCUGAAUGCUGAUGUUUGCUCAGCGUUUCCGCUCGUGGAGAUGCUCAGCUUCCAGAAGGAACACGGGGAGCCAAACAGCUUCGUUAUUCUGGGGACGACGGCGAACAGAACGCAGUCCUUGAAUUACGGCUGUAUUGUUGAAAACGACAAAACAAACGAGGUCUUGCAUUAUGUGGAGAAGCCGAGCACGUUCGUGAGCGACAUAAUAAACUGCGGCAUAUACCUCCUGAAGCCAGACAUCUUCCAGCACAUCGGGGCCGUGUUUCAGAAGAACCAGCAGGACAUGCUGCUAUAUCCAUACGAUGGAGAGGAGCCGACCAACGGCUGGCACCGAGCGGAGGCCAUCAGGCUGGAGCAGGACAUUUUCACUGCCCUGGCGGGACGGGGAAAACUCUACGUGUAUAAAACCCUGAGCUUCUGGAGCCAGAUUAAGUCCGCAGGCUCUGCAAUUUAUGCCAGUCGGUUGUACCUCAAUCAGUAUCACACGACUCAUCCUGAGAGACUGGCCUCAAACAAGGCGGGAGGGCCCAAAAUAAGUGGUAACGUCUACAUUCACCCCACUGCCAACAUUGACCCCACGGCCAUGUUGGGACCCAACGUCUCGAUUGGCACUGGAGUGACGAUUGGUGCCGGGGUCCGAGUUCGGGAAUCCGUCAUCCUUCACGGUGCAACUCUUCAGGAUCACUGCUGUGUGUUGAACAGCAUCGUAGGAUGGGACAGCACCGUCGGAAAGUGGGCCAGAGUGGAAGGAACGCCGAGUGACCCCAACCCCAACGAUCCCUUCGCCAAGAUCGACAGCGAGACACUCUUCAGAGAAGGAAAACUCACACCCUCAAUCACUAUUCUCGGAUGUAACGUGACCAUCCCCUCAGAGGUGAUCAUUCUCAACUCCAUCGUCCUCCCGCACAAAGACCUCAACCGCAGCUUCAAAAACCAAAUUAUUCUCUAGUUAAUCUCCCUCGUUCCGCCGCCCACUUACUGUCACCGGUGAAGGAUGCGGCCGGACGCGGCCCUCUGAGUUACUGUAUAUAAGAUGUCAAACCUGAAGGUGCGUUGGUUAAAUAGUUUUGAAGGAUAGAUUUUUAUAUCUGUCCUCUGGCCCUUUACGCGUCGCUGGAUGUCUCUCGGCAUGAGAGAGAGGCUAAUCACGCAUGUUGAUUCACCUUGAAAAGUGCUGUCACACACCACAGGUUGAUAUCGUUUUUUUUAUUAACCGAACUGUAAAAUAAUGCAGACGCUGAUGUAAUAUAUUUGGUUGGAUGUGGUGAGGGGGGGAGGAAAAGUUUACGGACAACAACGCUCUUGUUUUCUCAAGGGCGUCCUUGAGCGUGCGAUACGUGAUUAUUACUAAAUAAAGAUGCCUGGAUAAUGGCUGUGGUUAAUUUUUUUUUUUUAGAGGUUAUUUUCGUGAAGGUCUGAUUGAAAAUGUUUAGCAUCCUCAUUGUUUGUCUCAAAAAUUGACUACCACUAACAUCAAUCAGCGGGUGGAGAUUUACAUCGCAAUCAAGUCGCGUUUCCUGUUUCCAACGCGAGCGCAGCGGGGGGGCUCCAGACGCCGCCACACAGACCGCAACAGCACACACUUGCAAAUUGUGCAUCUGCAAUCACUGGAGGAACUGUUCCAAUUUAUGAAUACGGCACAUUAACAUUUACUUAUUAAGCCCCCGAGCACUCAUGAUCACUUCAGCACUUUUGUUCCAAUUAUUGCAGAGUGUCUAUUAAGGAGCAAUGUAAAUUGUGGUGCAGGAACUGCAGCAUAAUAUAUUUAAAUGAAGCCUUUUAACAAACUAGCCUCCAGUGAAGGGGGGUAGAGUUAAUGUAAAUUCAGUUUUCAUGUUUAUAUCAGGUUUUUACACGUAUGUGCCCGUGCUGCGUUUUGUUGAUCGAGGUGCCUUGCUGCUCUGCCUCAUCCUCAUCGCGGGGUCUUCCUCCUCUUGGGAGGCUGUUCAUGAAGCGGCUCGUCGAAACGGAAGGAAAUCCUAAAGCCCAUAACGUGAAAAAGGCUUCACACUACUCUGCUUUUGGUUUUCUUGUUUUGAUUUUCAUUUCUUUCUUAAAUGUGCUUGUGAUUCUUUUAUUUUAGUCUUAAACAAGAGAUCUAAUCGGUGACGGAAGCAGGAUGUUGCUCAUGUGAGCUGAUGGUGCAUGUGACCCCUUUCUUAUAGUGUGUUGAAAAUGUCAUACUUGUCUUGUAUAUGACGUUAGGGGAGUUUUUCUUCAACACCACGUUCCUUUUUGUUGUUUUAAGAACGGAAUGAGUCCCACGCAGCUAAGAACAGUUUGAAACCAGAGAAGACCACAUAAUAAAAGUUCACAACUCUUA